GUCAUUAUCUUUUCUUAACCUAUUUUCGAUUCUAAGCUUCAUCGCGAUAUCCAGAAUACAGAAAAUGUCACCGUACAAAAUCGCCGUGAUCCCCGCCGACGGCAUCGGGCCCGAAGUCGUCGAUGCCGGCAUCGAAGUCCUCCAGGCGCUGGCUGCCAAGCUGAACCUGUCCUUCGAAUUCACAAACUACGACUGGAACUCGGAAACCUACAAGACCACCGGUGCCUAUAUUCCCGCGGGCGGGUUGGACGAUUUGAAGCGCCAUGAUGCGAUCUUGUUCGGCGCUGUGGGCGCACCGGACGUCCCCGACCACAUCUCCCUCUGGGGCCUCCGACUAGCAAUCUGCCAACCCUUCCAGCAAUACGCCAAUGUCCGACCGACCCGGAUCCUUCGCGGCACCCAAUCCCCCCUCCGUAACUGCCCUCCGGGAUCGCUCGACUGGGUGAUUGUCCGAGAAAACAGCGAGGGUGAAUAUGCCGGACAAGGUGGUCGUUCGCACCGCGGAUUCCCUUGGGAAGUCGCUACCGAGACAGCGAUUUUCUCGCGCGCAGGCGUGGAGCGCAUCAUGCGAUUCGCAUUCGACACGGCCGCCAAGAGACCCAAGAAACAUCUUACUGUUGUAACGAAGAGUAAUGCACAGCGCAACGGAAUGGUCCUGUGGGACGAAGUCGCGGCUAUCAUCGCAAAAGACUACCCACAGGUCACGGUAGAAAAAAUGUUAGUCGAUGCGAUGACCACAAAAAUGGUGCUCAAGCCGGAGAGUAUCGACACGAUUGUCGCGAGUAAUCUGGUAAGUCACACGAAAGCCAAGACCGCUAAGCUAAGUGAAGCCGUCUUGGUUUUAUCUUGGUGACAUGGAAAAAGCUAAUAGGAUAACGUAGCACGCCGAUAUCCUCUCCGACCUGGCGGCCGCUUUAGCCGGGUCUAUUGGAAUCGCGCCCACUUCCAACCUGGACCCAACGCGGCAGCAUCCCAGUAUGUUCGAGCCAAUUCACGGCUCAGCCUUUGAUAUUACGGGAAAGGGAGUGGCCAACCCGGUGGGGACUUUCUGGACCGUGGCGGAAAUGCUGGACUGGCUUGGUGAGGAAGCUGCGGCGCAGAAAUUGAUUGAGUGUGUGGAAAAAGUGUGCGAAAAGGGAAUUCUCACGGCAGAUCUGGGAGGAAGCGCGAAGACAAAGGAAGUCACAUCAGCAGUUGUGGAGGAAAUCGGAGGACUAUCGUAGUAGUGCAGAAUAUACAGAGUAGAGUGUGCAUAGAAUUAGCCUCAGCCUCAGCCUCGU